AUGCGUGAAAUAGAUCCCUUGAUCUUUGAAUAUCAGCAUGACAGGCAUCGACCCAGAGAGUCGGAAGCUUUGCUGGUGCUUCGAAAAGUUGCGUCCCUGGUUAAACCUAUCAUGCGCCGAAGAGGUUGGCAAGUAGGCACACUCUCUGAAUUCUACCCACGAGAUCGGAGCCUCCUUGGUCUCAACAUCAAUGGCGGCCAGAAGAUAUGUCUCCGGCUGCGUUAUGCGUCCGACGUGCGGCAGUUCCUUCCGAUCGAGCAUGUUCUGGACACCAUGCUACAUGAGCUUUGCCAUAUCGUUCAUGGCCCUCACAAUCAACAAUUCCAUGCUCUUUGGAACCAGCUACGCGAUGAACAUGAAGAGCUUGCUAUGAAGGGAUAUACCGGAGAAGGGUUCCUUUCACAAGGUAAACGACUAGGCGGUCGCCGGAUGCCCGUGGACGAAGCCCGCCGACAAGCACGAGCAGCUGCGGAACAGAGACGGGCGCUCUCCGCUGGGUCCGGACAGCGACUGGGUGGCGCCCCAGUACUGCGUGGGACUGAUAUGCGCAGGGUGAUAGCCGACGCCGCACAGCGACGUAUAGAUGUAACCAAGGGUUGUGCAUCGGGAGCUGAUAAUAGCGCUGAUCUUGCAGAAGAAGCGUCCAGAGAUGGUUUUCUGACAAAAGCUGAGGAGGAUGAUGCAAAUGAGCGGGCUAUCAUGGAAGCUUUCAUUGAUCUAAUCGAAGAGGAAGAGCGGGAAAGAUACGGGCCUUCCUAUAUACCCCCUACUCAAGAUAACCCGGCUGGUCCUCGGUCAAACCCUUCUCCCCCGCCUGUGCCUCAUGAGACUAGGCCUACCGCACCUGUGCAAUCACAGGACCUUGUCGAUCUCACCUCAGAUGAUAGCUUGUAUGAACAACCAUGGGCAUGUCCAACCUGUACUUUGGAGAACCCAGCCACUUUCCUAUGCUGCGAUGCCUGUGCCGCAGAGAGACCUCGACCUGCGAACACUCGAUCUGUGUCGGGACCUCCUGCAAUGAACACAGAAAUUUUGAACUCGAACGACCGAAGCAAAAGAAAACGUCCCCCGAGCCAGUCUGUUGGCCACAAUUCGUUCAAAAUGAGAAGCAGCGCCGUUGAGACUCUCGCUGAGCUGGACAGGAACACUCCUAAGCGGCCUUUGGGAUGGAUAUGCAAUUUCUGCAGUACUUUCAUGGAGACCGAAUGGUGGACAUGCUCGAAUUGUGGAACGAUGAAGCCAUCAUCAUAA